AUGACUUAUGCUGCACUAUCUCAUUCCGAAACGUUGAUCAAAGAACAUGAAUCAAAAUUAGAUGAAUCUGAUAAACUUAGUAAACAUAACAGAAGUUUGAUAGAUAGUUUACAGAAUUACAUAAAAGAUUUGGAAGGAAAACUUCAAAAACAUGGUAAUGACGGUGGUGGUGAUUCGAAAUCAGUAUCAAAAGAGGAACAUCCCGAGAAAUUUAUUAGUGAGACGGUGCGAUUGCUAGAAAAAAGAUUGGAAGAGAAAGAAGAAGCCUACAAGAAAUUAGAAGAGAAAUUCAAAAGGGUUGAAAUCGAUCAAGAUAAAAAAGUACUUUAUCAACAAAUCGAUGACCGUGACCGUAGAAUUUCUGAUCUGGAUAAUAGAUUAAAUCUACUUAACGAUGAACUUGAAUCAAAACUUUUGAAAUUGCAAAAAUCAUAUGAUGAAGUCUUGAAAUCAGAAUUGGAUGUGUUGAAAUCGAUAGAAGAUGUUGAAACAGUUGAAAAAUUAAAGGAAAAUAUAAAACAACUUGAAGUUCAGAAAUUAGGAUUGGAAGAGGCGAAUGAAUCAUUUAUGGAGGAACAAAAGAAAGUUGAUUUGAAAAUUGAUUCGUUGUUGGUUCAAUUGAAGUCUGCAGGAAAUCACGGAAGUCAAAGUGCAAUUUAUCUUGCUGAAUUGAAUGAAAAAUUGUUGGUACUCGAAGAUCAAAUAAAAAAUUUGAAACGAAGAUCAAUAAUUAAUCUUAAAGGUGAAAUAAAGAAUGGCAAUGAUGAUGAUGGUAGCACGCCAGAAAAUUCUUUAACAUGUAAUCAUAAUAAAUUGAUUAAUGGUCUAAAUGAAAAGAUAUCAUUGUUGGAAGAAGUUAAUGGAGAAAAAUCAAGCAUGAUAGAAACAUUAAAAGAUUCACUUGAUGACAAUCAAACGAUGCUAGAAGAGGCACGAGAAAAAUUAGAUGAAUUGCGACAAGAGAAAACAAGGUUAGAGGAACGAAUCACCAGUUUAGAGUCACAAUUAGAACAAACGACAGAGCAAUAUGAAAAAGUCAAGAAUUUUAUUGAAGAAAAACGAAAUAUGGAGAGUGCUUUAGAACAAGAGAGACGAUCCAAGAAAAAUGUUGAAGUAGCUUUAGCCCAACUUGAGAAUCAAUUGGAAGAACUUCAGAUCGCAAAGAGAAGUAAAUUCAUGUGCUUUUAA